CUAUGAGUAAUGUAACUACUUCAGACCAACCCAUUUUAGAUUUAGUCAUUUAUCCCACCUUCAUAAUAGCAACAGUGCCGAGAUCCGCCCACAAAGCUACUUGCGUUUUGCGUUUGAUACUUGCGUUUCAGAUCGUUAAGAUAGAGCCCUCAAUCUGUUAGUGAGUGUGGUGGUGCUUGUGGGGUGUCGGUCCGGGACGUGUGUGUUCGAGGCUGGGAGGGAAUCAUCACAAUAUACCCGCUACAAUAAACUACACCACUGGAUAUAGAGAAAUAUGAAAUAUGACAAAAAGUCAGUUUGAUAAAAGUGACCUCCUGCAGAUUGAGCGGAGGACCCCACCGCGUGCUGCGAAGACGCUGGCGUCGCAGGCACGAGAGGGCCAUCCCCAUGGCAACGGGACACCAACAACACUUACCUUACUUCCAGCUGUGGACAGGCUGGCGGAGCCCAGAAUGGAGAGACUUAAACAAUCGCCUAAAAGAGUUUUUAUUAACAACGUAGACUCAUACGCUUCAAAAUGUAUUUCCAAGUUCCUUUCACAAUGUGCGCUCGGAGCGCCUGUUGAUGCUGAAGGAGAGAUGGAGACUGAGGAAGAGGAGGAGGAGGGAAGAGUGGGUUCAAAGCAGAGCGGAGAAGGAGCUUUUCACGUUGUUGGGACUGUCUCUGAGGAACCUGACGAGGGCAGAGCUUAUGUGCUGGAGCAGUAUUCAAAACUGAACAGGGAGGAGCUACUUGCAAAACUGAUGAGUUGUGAUGUUGUUAUUUACAACAUUACCCAGCAUGCCGAUCAGGUAGAAGAAGCCUCCUGGGCUGUUUCAGCCCUCCACAAUGAAAUGAGCCAUUUUUCUAAACCGAAGAUGUUCAUCCUUGUCUCCACGGUGAUGACCUGGGCUUGCAGCAAGUCAGUCGAUCCUGAUGAUGAUCCUUUCACUGAUGAGAUUUUCUGGAGAAGGAGAGCACAUCCCAACUUCAAACAACACACUGACCUGGAGAAGAGGGUGGCCAAAAUGGGCAAAACUAACAUGAAGUUGUUCUCAACAUACGUGGUGGCGUCGGGACUUCAGUAUGGGAUGGGAGAGCAGACCUUCCACUUCUUUUUCAAGACAGCGUGGUUGGGACGUGAAGGUGAAAUACCUGUCUUUGGAGAUGGCAACAACAUCGUUCCCACUGUUCACAUCAAUGACCUGGCAAGUGUGAUUCAGAACGUGAUUGAACAACGGCCCAAGCCGUAUUACCUGCUAGCUGUGGACUAUUCUAACAAUACCAUGGGGGACAUUGUGAAGAAAAUUUCCUCUGCACUUGGACCAGGGAAGAUCCAGAAAAAGCCAGUGGAGGAAGCCUUCCUCACAAAGGACUUGAGUGUAAUGGAAAUUGAUUCCCUGCUGGUUAACCUUCGCAUGGAGGGGGUCUAUCUCAAGGAACUGCUCUCUAUCAACUGGGUGUGUGAGUCUGGUCUGGUGGACAACAUAGAGCUGGUGGUAGAGGAAUACCGGCAGACCAGGGGACUGCUGCCAAUCCGUCUGUGUGUACUGGGUCCUCCUGCGGUAGGAAAGACCACAGUGUCCAAACAGAUCUGUGAACACUACAAACUCCAUCACAUCACACUGAAGGAGACCAUCUCUGAAACCAUCUUAAAACUGGAAGAUACUGUGAAGAAUGCUGGUCCAGAUGCAGAGAAUGAGGACACUGCAGCAGAGGCCCAUGAGCUGCUGAACAGUCUGAAGGACAGUAUGGAGCAGAAUGGAGGUCUUUUGGAUGAGCAGCUGUUGGUAAAGGUGGUGAGGGAUAAGCUGAUGUCUAACCCAUGCAGAAACCAGGGUUUCGUCCUGGACAGCUUCCCCAAAACAUAUGAACAAGCUAAAGAGCUCUUCUACUCUGAAGAUCAUGAAUCAGAAGAUGAACCAUCCCUGAUUUCUUCACACAGCAAGAGGAUUAUGCCAGAGUUCGUGUUGUGCCUUGAUGCGUCAGAUGACUUCCUGAAGAAUCGGGUGAUGAACCUGCCUGAGAGGCUGGUAAAGGACCACAACUACGAGCAGGAACACUUCCUGCGACGACUGGCCAGAUACAGAGAGAAAAACUUGGAAGAUGAAACUGUCAUCAGCUACUUUGAUGAGCUGGACAUCACUCCUAUGUACCUGGAGAUCACUAGUAGCAGUGAACCAGACUGCCUGCUGCUGAUGCAGAAGAUUUUUGACACAGUGGGCCAGCCCAGGAACUAUGGCCCCAGCAGCCAGGAGGUGGAGGAGGAGCAGAGGAGGAAGGCUGAGGAGAGGAUGAGGAGGGAGGCCCUGGAAGACGCCGAGCAGGAGAGGAAGGAGGCAGAGGAGGCCAGACUCAGGGUUGCACACUGGGAGGAGUGGACUAAGGGUUUGGAGGAUGUGAGGCGGCAGGAGGAGGAGCUGCUGGAGGCCCAGUCGGUCCCUUUGAGGAGCUACCUGAUCGAGCAUGUCAUGCCCACUCUGACCCAGGGCCUAAUGGAAUGCUGCACAGCCCGACCACAGGACCCCGUGGACUUCCUGGCGGAGUACUUGUUGAAGAAGAACCCCUUAAACCACUGAAAGGUGGUUGCACCAACACAUGAUGCAAACUGAAAUAAAACCCAUUUUUUUCCUUAGCUCUUCAAUAUAUUAAAGACUGAAGUCAAUUACAUGCAGGAUUCCUAUUAGUAGAAAACCUCCUGGAGUCUUUUAGACUUGUCACAGUAUUUCAGCCAUCACAUGCCAAGUGUCCCUCGGUUCAUGCUGGGAUUUUGAUUAGGUCUGAUUUGUAAGUGGCCCAUUCUCCUGCCCCUGUUGUAUUUACACACAGCUUUGUUUGGGCUCUUGUGUGCCGGCCAUUACUUAAAAGCACCCUAAAAAAGCGUAUGAAAGUGCAUAUGAAGCCAAAAGCUAAUUAGGAAGUUAAUUUGUGUAAUGAACUUGGUAAACUCCAAAGUAGGCAUUCUCGGGUCAUAAUUGCUUUGAUUUGGCUUCCGAUAUCCAGGAAGGAUAAAUGUUACAAAUGGCAGCUCAUUUGCGUCUCUCUCAUGUUGCCACUCGCAACUCCAAAGUGUACAUAAUUGGUUGCGACGGAACACCAAAUUAUUUCAUUGUACAUACUUAAUUACCACAUGGGGAAAUUAGUUGAGUUUAUUUGGGAAACAUUGUGACGCAAGCUGCUGCAAGACAAUUUGACUGCACCAUCUGUGAGUAGCAGGUACAAACACAACACGGACAGUUCCUGAAAGUGAAUCACACAACUGUGUUCCCUUUCACUCCUGUAGCUCGCUUCAUUUGGACCGAACCAAUGAAAGAAAUGAUGCACUGUUCCCUUUUAGUUCUGGUCUGUUUCCUGUUCACAAUGACUUUUUACAUGCAAAACAAGAGGAGUCAAAUGGACUGAUAGUUAACUCUGAUUGGACAUUUUUAAUGACUCUUAUCCCUUAUCAUCAGCUCUACAUGGAUCUGUGGAGGAAAAUCAAAUUCCUCCUUUACUGAAUCCUGUGCAGUAGUACUCUCCAAUGUACUAUAAGGAGUUUUAACUGGUUAUGAAACAGUCUCAGUUUAAUACUGAUGCCUCUAUACGACCUACAUAAAUAAACCAUCAGACUGGCUAUUUCUAUGUAGUUCUGCUUACUACCUUCCACCGUGAUCACUUCUCAUUUCCCUGCUCUAUAUGCAAAUAAACACAAAAGAGAUGUACCCUACUCAAAAUGCUGUCAGUCAAUGUCCAUCAUUACUGUCCUUUUGGUCUCAUGUUUUACCUGCGCUGUCAGCACCCCUGCAGAAGAGAUUCUCCGUGGUGGCUGUGGGAUUUUGUAUCUGAACUACAUAGGCAGUAAAAGUGUGCAUCCUGCUCACACAACAAGACAUCUCAGCUCUAAACUUCGCAAAUGCUUUCAUUUAAAUUCCAAAGUGGUCAAUUUAUUCAACAUUGGAGAAAAAUGCCAAACAAUAAAUAGAAAUCUACGCAGCUGUAAAAUUUCUCCUCCCGUUAUUCAUCCGACAACUCCUCAAAUGUAUGUGUUGAGCCUAUGGGGGGACAGGAACCACCGGACUAAACUAGCUGAUUGUAUAUAAAGUAGUUCAGACUAGCUCCACCUGGAGCAGCUACAACAGUAGGAUUCUAUGUAUGCAUUAAAGGACCAGUGUGAAGGAUUUAGUGGCAUCUAGAAGCAUAGUUGCUGAUUACAACCCCCUCGCCCCACCCUCCCCUUCCAAAGCGUGUCAGAGAGACUACGGUGGCUGCAAAAAAAAAAUGCCAAAAGCCCUAUCUACAGCCAGUAUUUGGUUUCUCCGUUCUGGACUCCUGUAGAGACACGGGAAAUCUGUAGAUAAAAAUGGCUCAUUGUAAGGUAACAAAAACCCAACAAUUCUUAUUUUCAGGUGAUCAUACACUAAUGAAAUCAUACCAAUAAGGGCUGCAUAGCCCACUGGUGCUCUUAUUCAAAUUGUGAUAAUGCCACAAUCAAACAAAUGUUAUAAACAUCAAAAUGUCCAAUUACUAAAGCUGCAGUAGGUAACUUUUUGUCAUAUUUGCUAAAACUCACUAAAACAGUAAUACAUGUCACAGAUUAUCUGUUGCAUGUCUCACUACUGUCAGCAUAUAGUGGAAGUUUCAGCAAAUAUGAAAAAAAAUAUGUUUAUAAAAAUGACCUACUGCAGCUUUAAAGCUGAACCAAACUACCAGAUAGAAAAAAACACUGACUGGCUUUGUCUGUGUGAUUUAAAGUAAAUGUACUGAAACCUGGAAACACAUUGGUCCUUUUAAAUCUAGGUUUCAAAAGCAAAACUCCUCAAGACAGUGACAAGACAUGUAAUAUAUUUCUAGGCCUGUUUGUUAGUGAAAUAAUGGCUCCAGGUAUAAUACUGAAGUGUGUAACAUUUGAAGCACUAGGUAGAAAAUGCUUACUGCAAAUCAUUUGAAAUGUGUCAAAUAAAUGGAUAGUCCAAAAAGCAACACAAAUGUUGGUCAGUGCUGUAAAACUGUUUUCUAAGCAGAAGUCCAAAACUUGUUUUCAGGUUUAUGAGCAGAAUGCUGGAAGUCAAAGAUGACCUUUGACCCGUAGGUUAAGCUUCAGCAGCUCCUGUGUGGGUUGCACGUGAAGUGUAGUUUGAGUUCAUUUAUAGAGCAGAAGCAGCGUUUCCUCAGUGUCUUACUACCAGUGUUGUACCACUAGAUGGCAGUCUUAGAUCAUCUAUUGGCUGUCAGGAGUCAGUCGCUCUCGCUGAGAAGGUGAUGAUUGUGGGUUUUUAUUCUGUUGAUGAUCUAUGAUUGAAUAUUUUUAUUUAUUUUUCUUAAAUGUACAUUUUGGCAUGCAGCAAACAUCCAAACUGAUCUGUGGACAGUUGUGGAUGAAUAAACGGAGAAUAAAACUUGGCUAUAUCACAUUGAA